CCGUCCUCCCAGCGGAAGGGGCGGGCCGGCAGAAAUGCCCCGCGCUACACAGGCGCAGUGGAGCCCGUGGGCUCCCGGCCUAGCGGCUCCGUUCCGGAGAUUGCGGUUCUCCGAGACUGGCCUGACCACUCCCCCUAGCUACCUGAGGCCAAGGGCUGGGGACGUGGGUGGUUGCUAGGGAACGGCUGGCGGCAAGAUGGCGGCGGCUGGCCGGGGGAGCCGGGGUUCGCUCCAGCGACGCAGGGAGUCGCCGAGGCCCCCGCCGAGGGACGGUUAUGGUGUCUACACGUACCCAAAUUCCUUCUUCCAAUAUGAAGGAGAAUGGAAAGGAGGAAAGAAACACGGUCACGGGAAGUUGCUGUUUAAAGAUGGGAGUUAUUACGAAGGCGAAUUUGUGGACGGAGAGAUCAUGGGGCGAGGCUGCCAACACUUGACCUGGUCAGGAAACACCUACUCUGGACAGUUUGUUUUGGGAGAGCCUCAGGGACACGGCGUCAUGACGUAUGGAGCUGGGGGCCGUUACGAAGGAGAGCUCUGCCGAGGCCUCAGGGAAGGGCAGGGGGUCCUGGUGGACCCAGAUGGACAGGUGUACCAGGGGUCCUUCCAUGACAACAAGAGGCAUGGCUGGGGUCAGAUGCUCUUUAGGAGCGGUGACGAGUAUGAAGGUGACUGGAUCCGGGACGGGCGCCAGGGACACGGGGUACUGCGCUUUGCUGAUGGCUCCACAUACAAGGGACAGUGGCACAGUGAUGUAUUCAGUGGGCUAGGCAGCUUGGCCCACUGCUCAGGGGUCACCUACUGUGGGCUGUGGAUCAACGGCCACCCGGCAGCACCGGCCACGAGGAUUGCGAUUCUGGGUCCGGAGGUGCUGGAGGUGGCCCGAGGCUCUGCCUUCACGUUGCGUGUACAGCUGCAGCGGGACAACGGGGAGACAGCGGAUUGCGAGAGUGGCCGGGUCCUGCGGAUCUCGGCGGGCGUCAGACACGUGCAGCCCCCAGCCCUGUCUGAGAUCAGCUUCUUCAAGGCGGAUGAGGGGCACGGGGAGAAGCCUUUCGAGACCCCAUUUGGGUUCCGGUGCCUCUCCUACCCUCUGGCCUGCCCCACUUCACUGCGGCCGGGGCCCAGGGCUGCCGUGGAACGUGCUGAUACCAACUCACCACUGUCCCAGGGAGAGCCCGGCCCUGCCCUGGAUUCUGGGGCCGCCCAUGGCCAGGGUGAUACCCCAGGUCACCUGCGAGUCCUGUUUCCCCGGAGCGAGCCUGCCCUGCACCUGGGGGGGAUGACGAGCCCCACACAGUGCCUGGGCACCCACCUGUGCCCAUCCAGCCCAGGACCCUUCAGACAGCUGCAGAGGUUCAGCUUCUCGCUUGAAAGUGCCAGACAAGGAAUACACUUCACUGAAAAGCCAUUGAUCCCUCCUGGCUGGGAGGCCUGGAGUCGCCUGGGCCAGGAAGCCCUGUUAGAGACCCAGCCCCAGCUACCCUAGUUUCCAGGCAGCUCUGGGAGCCCUCUGCUCCCCAGGAAGGGGCUCAGACAGCAUGGCCACGCCCCUCCUGCGGACUGAUGCUGACCCUGGGCCCCAUGCCAAGCGCCAAGUGGGAGCUCCUGACCAGCCAGGCAGCCUCGGCGUUUCCUUCCUCUCCCAGCUGGAAGAACAUGGAGCUUGGACUCCGAAGCAGCUCUGCACAUGCAGAGAGAGAAAUCUGGAUUGUUUCCCAGCAGCAGCCAAGCAGGGACCCAUCCCUCCACCGGGUCCCUGAAUGGCUGAGGAGCUGUAUUUGAGGCCGGGCAGCUCUGCACCCCCAGGAGAGGGCCAGGUGCCCACACCCACAUGCGGGCAGGGCCCACCCAGCUUGCCACCCGCAUGGGGGCAGGGCCAGCAACCAGAGCACAUCAGCUCACCAGAGAGGGCCAAGUGAGGCUGGACACAGACGUGGCUUUCCCUGCCAAACCCACUUAGGAUGACUCUCUGGGCAGGGGGCCUAAGACCUGCAGAAGCUGUGCAUCCAGUGCCCCUCACCCAGGCACCAGGCACAGCAGUCAGGAUGAGCCCCACGCUGGUCAGCCCCUGUCCAGCAGACCUGAGGUGGCGCAGGGCUGACACAAUGCCUGCUGAGUGCACCCUUAUCCUAGGCAGACUGUGUGCAUAGGACCUGCUUUUAGCAAACACCAAAGUGGCUUCAGCCCCAUUCAUGUUUGCUUCUUUACACAAAAGCCCAGAGGGGUGGGGAGGCCCCCUUCUCCAUCUCUCUGGACUCAGUUUCUGCUUCUUAUUUGGCUACCCUGUCAUCUUCCUGUACUACUUCAUGGUCCUGGGUGGCUGCAAAAGCUCCAGCCAUCAAAUGCCUAUCCCACCUGGCAGGAAGGAAAAACCUAAAUGGCAGAACUUGGCCACAUGGAGGUAAAAAGUGCAAUGUGCCUAUAAAAACAGGCUUUUGCCAUCCAAAAAAAGGAGAAGAGAUACUGGCUGUGUUUGCCAAGGAAGGUACACCUCCUGGGCCUGCCCAGUGAAUGCUUGAAACAAAAACAGGAACUGUGGGAGCUGGAGACUGAGCCUUGCGCUCCCUCCACGUCAGAGGCUGUCACCUGUGACCCCGUGACCCCGCUCACAAAGCCGCUGUGAGCAGCCCUGGCCGUGGCUCAUGCCCGUCCCCAAGUGGCACUGGCCUUGGCCUUGGCUCAGCGGGGCGGGGUUGACCUGCAGCCCUGCUCCUGGUCUGUGGUGCUGGGGGGCUGGGGGGCUGCAGGACUCCGGGACCGGCCUCGUGGAUGGCCCAGCACCUCCAGUCUCGCGCCUCUGAGCCCUGGAGCCUUUGUGGUCACGGCGCCUUCAGCGGGGCUGCGAGAUCGGAGGUGGAACGGGCCAGCCGCCCAUGGAGAGCCGCGCGCUGCCUGAGUCAGACCUAAAAUUAAAGUGAGCGGGAGGUGGUGGGCACUGAGCAGUUAUCGAUGUUUCAACGCAUUCCUGAGCCCGGUGCCAGCAGCCAGGCUGGAUGGGGCACGGCCGCCUGGUGCCCAGGACGGUGGCAGGAGGUGGCCACGCAAGGAGGCUCGUGGAGCCACAGCCCCCGGGGGUCCGGCCGCCGCGCAGCUGACCGUGACACAGGGUUUCCAGCAUCACCGAGGUCCCGCGGCAAGUAGGGAGCAAAGCCCCCAGAAUUCGCCUUUCACUUCCACCGGAGUCAGAUGGAGAGAGGCCCCGUGUCAGUGAUACGUAACUGCAAAAUGCACAUUUCGGUAUUCUGUUGAUAUGAAAUAUUUGACUUAACUUUACAAUAGACGAUUUGCAUUUCGUGGAGAAGGAAAGACGACCUCCCAGACGUGGACCGUCGCCAGAUAUUCCAAACCCUAUUUUGAAUAAAUUACAGCACCCAGAUUUCAGCAACAAAGCACAUUGAUUUUACAUUCAGGAGCAUUUUUAUAUUUAGUCUCCUAACCUUUUGUGAUUCCCACCCACGGCUCAGCAAGCAGAGCCUUUGUGCGCCCCGUUCCUAGCGGGGCGUCUGCCUCAGCCCUGUAAUUCAACCCCAUUGACUCAUGGAGCAGGUGCCUGCGAUGGCGGACAGCCGCGUGGCCCAGGCUGGCCCUGCACAUGGGAUCUGGGGACCCGGCGGAGCCACAGCAGCGAGCACAGUCACACUGCUUUUCCUCUCUUCCUUCUCCACUGCACAGAACCCUCCCCUCGAGUGUUUCCUGUUGGCCUGAGUGGUUUCUCCUUUUCAUGUGUUGGACAAACGAAUUGGAGUAGUCAUGAGACGGGACCCAGGAAGAGCCAGCCGUUAUGGUACGAUGAUUUAGAAGAUCAAGGUGCCCUCGGCUGCUAAUUCAGUCUUGCCAAUAAAAGUGGAGGGAUGCAUAGCAGGGGCUCCUGGAGAUUUCAGCGCCCUGUGGGGCAAUACCACACUUCAAUACUAAUUGUCUAUAGCUAAUUAUGGCAGGGCAGCACCAGAGAGCCAUAUUUGUUAAAGGAAGCUUGUGCUAUAAAUUCCUUUUCCGGGAAUCAUCUCAUACAGAGGGGACGUCCCAGAAAAAUACAGUAUAAAAAGACAUCAUGUUGCUUCCAAUGCCAAAACAGUGGAUAAAAAUGGAAAUUUGCUCAGAUAUCAGGGUGAGAUUCUGUCCGAACGCAGCUGGGGGCGUGGGGUGGGGUGGCGACCUGGCAGGGGUGCCACCCCUUCAGGAAGGUGGCUGGAGGUGGGGUGGGAACCCGUGACUGGCGGGUGAUCCCCGCCUUCUCGGGGCUCGGCCUGCUCUGUGGGGAACAGCUCUCUCAUGCUUGUGUUUUGAGACCGGCCCCUCCAUGUGCCCAGGCUAGCCUAGAACUGCUCUCCAGGGUGCUCCGCCUUGCCCACAGUGGCUCUGCCCCGGCGCUGCUGCCCCUGACCGACACUGUGUCCCACUGACCCCUCCUUCCUGGGGCCUCUCCUGCUGGGUUGUCCCUGGCACCCCAGCCCCCCGCUGUCCGAAGCGGCUCACUCCUAAAAGCCAUGAGGUCCGGUGAGUGAGGCUGGGGCAGGGCAGAGGAUGGAGAAUGGUGAGGCGAGCCCUGCACCCUGGGGCUGGGGAGGUGGGGCCACGGGCCCCAGGAGCGGUGACGGGUCCCUGCAGGCUGGAAUCCGAGGCGAAUGUGAGCCGUGCGCAUCACAGACGAACACUGACUUGGUACGCGCAUCUGUGCCGUGCAGCUCCGACGCAGCUGGGCAGCGACCCCAGCAACAGGAGUGGCUCCAGCGCAGGGUCUGGGUCUCCCGAGGGGGCUCUGGGGGUCUCAGAGCAUCUGUCACGGGCAGGGCGGGACUUCAGGCCACCACAGGGCAGGCCUGGGGCAGUGUGAGCAUCAAACACAGUGGGUUGGGCUGGGGAUUUAGCUCAGUGGUUCUGGCGCCUUCCUCGCAAGUGCAAGGUCCUGAGUUCAAUCCCCAGUACCAAACAAAAACAAAAACAAAAACACAGUGGGUGACUGGGAGCAGGGUCCGCUGGACAAGCUCAGAGCUCAGCAGGGCUGCUGUAUGUCAUGGGUCUCAGGAAGAGGGACCCCUGGAGCCUGGCAGACGCCUCUACCGUGGUGCUCCUGCAGGCCGGGUGCCCCAGCAGCACCACGACCCCCCAGUGGCCUCAUAGGACCUCAGCAAGCCCAGCGUUGGGACCCUCCCCAAGGCCUGGCCUACAGCCUUCAGAGGCAUGGGGUCCCACAGUCAGGGACCCGCGCAGGACGCCGGGUACCCAAGAGCCCAGCAGCUCCGCCUGGGCUGUGUCUCCCCAGGGGCUGAGCAGGGACCACAGAGCCCAAGGCAGACAGACCCUGUCCCCUUGGCCGCGGGGCUGGGCAGGGGCCUGGGUGUGGCUGGAAGCCGUCCGCUGGGGGGUUUGUGAGCUGCACCUCGGCGUUUCUGCAGAUUAGAGGGGUGCGCGUGUGCGUGCGUCUGUGUCUGUAUGUUCUGGGGCCCAGGGCCGUGUGAGCCGGGCCAGUGCUCCGCUGCUGUGCUGCCCCCCUUGGCCUUCCUCGGGGCUGCGUGGCACCGCCAUGCCUGGGCCUGGGCCUGAUGCCGGUGGUGCCAGUGCCCACGGGUCUCCCUCCAUCUCGGCUGCCUGAGUGGCCCAGUGCAGGCCUGGCAGGAGUCAGGCCCUUCCAGGCCCUCAGCUGGGUGCUGCAGCCAUGUGUGCCCUGUGGUGUGGCCUUGGUGGUCCCACAUGCCCCUGCGCUGUCUGUGGGUAGAGCUGGCGGGCUCAGGCAGGCGCGGGCAGGGCAGGUGUGUCGCUGUGAGGCCCUCCGGUGGGCAGGGCAGGGCUGCCUCAGAGUCCACCGCCUGCUGGCCAGGCAGUGCCUGCCUUUGCGCCCUCAGCUGCCCGCCCGGCUGGCUCGGCCUCCAUCGGGAGCCUCCCACCUGGGCACCCAGUUGUCACACUCACCAGCGGCCUGGGCCUGGCCUCCGGGCGGUGUGCACUGGUCACCGAAUCUGUUCAGAGCCCCGUGGCCUCUGUCUCUGUCAGCCACCGUGAUCCCUGUGUCAGGCUGGGCCCGGCAGGCAAGUGCAGGUCUCAGGUUCCAGGCACUGACGAGACUCAGGGGCCGUGGGGUGGCGGCGCCCACCGGGAACAGGUGCCUGGGUGCCAUGGUGUCCCCGAGGGCCUGGCCGAGCUGUGCUGUGUACAAACAGCUUGGCUGGGGGGCUCUGGAGUGUGUGGGGGUGGAGAAGGUGGGCUGCAGGGGCUCCGGGGCGCUGGGCCUGGCCUGGGUGUGGAGUGAUGGCUGCCCCUCGGCAGAGGGAGACCCGCAUGGGUGCAGCACCAGCAGGGGUCACAACCAUGCCUUGGGGGCGUGAGGCCCCUGGUUCCCAAAUGCUCGGGGCCCUGGGCAGAUGGAGCUGCGGCUUGGGGUCACAUCUGUGUCCUGGGCUCGGGCUCCAGAGGCCUUUGGCCACCUGUGGCUCUCACCAGCCUCUGCCUGGGGCCCCUGAUCCUGAGCCCUGACUUGGAGACACAUCUGGCCCACCCACUGCUGCACCCACUGGUCCUUGUUCU